AAUAAAACGUUCAACAUUUUCUGUAAUGUGAAAGUCACCAUAACAACUCAAUCUAACAUAAAGUUUUUAAUAAAUCGAUAAAUAUUCAGUCGUUGCGCCAGAGUGUACAGUACUCUUGUUUGGUGUUAAUUACUACAUCAUCCAGACGGAAAGCAAUUUCUAAUUUCUCUGCGAAAACCAACAACAAAAUCGUUUAUCGUUGACAAUGAGUGACGCGAACAUUGUCCAACCAGAAGAGGUGGACUUUUUCGUGCAAAGAGUUCGCUCAUUCGAUGUCAAAGACAUUGGAUCGAAAUCGUGGUUGGAUUCGCACGAAAUUCUAUUGAAACUACAACAACAAGCUCAUCUGGAGGCAUCAACAUGUCGCGAAGAAUUGAUCAAAGAACUGUUGAUAGUCAAUGCAAAACUUGAAAUUCUCGUUCAUGAGGCGUAUUGUGUGUUGGUGUGGCGAUUGCAUAUUUUACCGAAACUCUUGGCAUUGGAUGCCGACCCGAAGGCAACAUUUUUAAUUUACACCGUUCUGUUCCACGAAGCAACGGCCGUUUCAUUGCUGGAAAUUGUUUUAUUCCAUCCGAAUGGGUGUGAGGCAUUAGGUGAAGCGUCUAUCGAUUUGAUCGACUAUUGUGUUCAAGCGGUAACUCAAUUGAUUGGCUUGGUUACCAUUGGACAUUUUCGAGAUGAAUUAAAAAUUCAAAGUGAAAACGCAACCCGUGAUGAUUUGGAGAGGCAGCAGAGAGAUCUGCAGUAUAAGAUUGGCAUCAGAUGCAUAUCGAUUCUAAGUUUUCUAACCGAUAAAAUUGAUUUGUUGCCAUUGAGUGCGGCUAGCCGACUCGUCAAGACCCACGACACACCAUGCCUUCUAAGCGAGUUAAUUCAUUGCCAACCAUGGAUACGACGAGUGAAUGGCAUCGAGAAAUUUAUUUCGGAUAAAUGGGUGACAGUACGAGGAGAAUCUGUGCUGACGGUGACAAAGAGUGAAGCUCAGACGUGGCUCUGCUUUCGUCAACUGUUGUUCAAUCCGAAUGUUAUGAGGAACUAUGAAAUCAAUGAAUUUCGUCAACGCGAAUUGGCAAAAUGUCAGAACAAGUUAACCGUACAGGUUCUGGACCAAUUACCCCCAUUGGCUGAAUUGAAACAUUUCUUGUGCACGUUAGUGGUGAGUGGAAAUAAGACAAACAACAGCUCAAUGGUGUUAGAAGUUCUGCCCCAAAUUAAGGACAAUUUGAUAUCAAACGCUAAGAAGAUUGGCUAUCGGAAAAUUGUGGAAAGUCACCGAGCGAUUUUCAUCGAUCUUAAUCAGGACACUAUCCUUGAAUUGGCGAAAAAAUUGAACGAGGCAUACAACACCGACUAUCUGGCAAGUUUGGAAUGCAACAACGAAGAGAAAUCGUGCGAGAAUUUGUGCGGUAACUGUGGUAAACAGGCGGAAAAGAAGUGUUCAAAAUGCGAAGCAGUCUACUAUUGUUGUCGCGAGUGUCAAGUGGAAAACUGGUCUGUACACAAAAAUCAGUGUGGAAAUAAAAUUUAAUGUUCGGAAGGAAGUGUUUGUUUGGUCUGGACUGUU